AUGCUGACAAAUAUUAAUUGGCAUGUUUCAACAACAGCCAAAGGCUUUGAUUUGACCAACAUUAAUUGCUCUAGCUACAAUCAGAAGUAUUUAGAAUUUGCUGUGUGCAAAGUGGACACACCACAGAACUCUAUGGCCAUUCUAAAUGUUGUGGCAAGACUUUUGGAGACUGCUGUCAGCAUAAAAACCCGAGUUAAAGUAUUUCGCAAAGCCAGAAAAAUCUAUCGGCCCUUUAUUUAUGAUGACAUUUUGGAUUUGUGUGAAUUCGUCAAGGGCAUGGGUCAUAAGCGCUUUGUCAUCUGGGCUUUGGCAUAUCCUUUGGUCCUUAAGUAUACAAAUGCAAAUCACACAUGCCCGUAUGAACCUCAGGACAUAGUAGCUCGUAAUUUCACCUUGAAUAGCAAAUUUAGCAAUAUGAUGCCUUUGCCUAAAGGUAAAUACAGAGUCCACAUUGUAUUUAUCCUCAACAAUGUCAAACGUGGUAUAAUUGUUGUGGACUGUGAAAGGAAUUGA